CCGCACUCGACUUCACUUUUCAAUUUGCUCGGUUGUCGACAUCACCAGCAGCAUGGCGACGCCCCAAGCCGUGUACACCCAGCACUGCGAUAGCCCGGCCAAGCCAAUGCGCAAGCGCACGUUCCAGAUCACGCUCAAGGAAGACGCGACGGCCGGCCCGUCGUUCAUCUACCCGAGCGAGCUCGGCAAGCACGAGAACCUCCACCCGAGCGACGCCGAGCUCGAAGGCAUCCGCGAGAAGCUCAACAAGCCCCGGCAUCUGUUGAGCCAGUGGCCCGCCACGUCGAUUGCCGGCAACGACAUUCUCUCGAGUGUGCUCUACUCGGCCGGUAUCGUCGCCUUGAAGGCCGGCAAGCUCGCACCGAUUGCGAUGGUCUUUGUGUCCUUCGUCCUCUACAUGUUCCGCUUCAUCUACGAAGAAGUGGUCACGGCAAUCCCGCUCAACGGCGGGUCGUACAACUGCCUUUUGAACACGACCUCCAAGCGUGUCGCGUCGUUCGCAGCCGUGCUGAGUAUCAUGGCGUACUUGGCGACGGCGGUCGUGUCCGGAACGUCGGCCUGCUACUACAUGCAGUCGGUCGUGCCCGAAUUGCCGGUCGUACCCACGACAGUCGGUGUCCUCGGUGCGUUUGCCUGCCUCACGCUGCUCGGUAUCACCGAGUCGUCGAUCGUUGCGCUCUGCAUCUUUUGCUUCCACGUCGUGACGCUCACGAUCCUCGGCGUGACGUGCCUCAUCCAUGUGAUCAAGAACCCCGAGAUCUUCAAGGCCAAUAUGCACACGCCGUUCCCGGACGUCGACUUUGUCGGCUCGCAGAUCGAAGGCAGCUGGUUCACGGCGCUCUUCUUUGGCUUCUCGGCGUCGAUGCUCGGUGUCACCGGCUACGAAACGUCGUCCAACUAUGUUGAAGACCAGGCGCCCGGCGUCUUUCGCAAGACGAUGCGCAACAUGUGGGCGUUCUCGUCGUGCUACAACUUUUUCCUGGCGUGGAUGGGUCUCGGCGUGCUGCCGGUCUACGGCGAAGAAGGUCUCAUCGCCAAGAAGGACACGGUCUUGUCGGUCAUGGGCCUUGUCGCGGGCGGCUCGUGGCUGCAGUGGCUCGUCUCGAUCGACGCGUUCAUCGUCUUGUCCGGCGCUGUCUUGACGUCGUAUGUCGGUAUGACGGGUCUUGUCCGUCGUCUCGCGUCCGACCGUGUCAUGCCCGCGUUCUUUGCCGCCGAAAACAAGUGGCGCGGGACCAACCACUGGAUCAUCUUUGGCUUCUUCCUUCUCACGGCGUCGCUCGUCAUCAUCUCGGACGGCAACAACGUCGUGCUCUCGGGCGUUUACACGUACUCGUUCUUGUCCAUGAUGUUUCUCUUUGCGAUGGGCUGCAUGAUGCUCAAGAUCAAGCGCCAGGACAUUCCGCGCGACGUCCAAGCGCCGUGGUGGACGUGCAUCCUCGGUGCGACCAUGAUUGCGAUCGGGUACUUUGGGGUCCUCCUCGGCGACCCGACCGUGCUCAUGUACUUUGCCUACUACGCCCUUGGCGUCGGCUUUCUCGUCUACUCGAUGCUGGCGCGUGUGACCGUCCUUCGCUGCGUCAUCUUCCUUAUCAACAUGGUGUGCCCUUCCCGCGCGAAGAAGGACAUUCCGGCCGACGUUGCGCUCGAAGCCGACGUGGUCGUCAAGGAAGACAACAUUCGCUUCUUUGAGCGCGAAAACAAGCGUGUGUCGAUGCUCGUCAAGACGAUCAAGUCGAUCAAGGAGCAGCCGUUCGUCUUCUUCAUCAAGAGCGCCGACCUUACCGUGCUCAACAAGGUCAUCUUGUAUGUCCGCAGCAACGAGAUGACCGAGACGCUCCGGUUUGUGCACGUCUACCCCGAAGCAACGGACGACGCGAUGGCCAACAUCGAGUCCCUCAAGGAGAUGAUUGCGCUCUUUGAUCGGAUUUACCCCAAGCUCCGCACGGAUUUCGUGUCGAUUUGCGGCAACUUUGACGCGGCGACCGUCACGUGGCUCGCCAACGAGUACAAGAUGCCGACCAACAUGAUGUUCAUCAAGCAGCCGACGACGAUCGACGCCAAGAGCGUCUCGUGCUGCGGUGUGCGCAUCAUCACGGGCUAACUUUCGGUCGUGCAAAUACUUUUAGACAGUGUGUCGUCGUGUGCCAUAAAAAAUAUAUCGACUUGGAUGGAACGAAGUCUUCAACCAUUUUACAGAA